ACUAUUAUGCGAUUUUGGGUGUCAGCAAAGACGCAACAAGUAGAGAGAUUAAGAAAAAAUAUAAACAAUUAUCAAAGAAAUAUCACCCUGACAAGAACCCUGGUGAUAAAGAAGCUGAGCAGAAGUUUGUACAAUUGGCCCAAGCUUAUGAAGUAUUAUCAGAUGAUGAGCAACGUGCAACGUAUGAUCGAUAUGGUGAAGAAGGACUCAAAGGGAACGCCCAAGAAUUUCAUAAUCCAUUUGACAUAUUCGAAAGAUUUUUUGGUGGAGGUCGUCACUCUCGCACUGAUCCUGAAGAAACAAAAGGACCUCCUAUAAAGCAUGACGUGGACGUCCAAUUAAAAGAAUUGUAUCUCGGGAAAGACAUUAAUGUUGAUGUGUCGAAGCAGACUCUAUGCACACAUUGUGGUGGAAAUGGUGCCAGAUCGGCUGAUGAUAUAGUGAUCUGUUCAGCUUGCGGCGGACGUGGGGUUAAGCUAGUUACUCAAAAAAUGGGAGGAGGUGGUAUCCUACAAAUGCAAACAACAUGUGAUGUGUGUGAAGGAAGAGGGAAAACCAUAAAAGCAAAAUGCCCUCAUUGUAAAGGAAAAAAAGUUCAACGGAUGAACGAAGUGCUCACAAUCGUCGUCGAGAAGGGAAUGUCUGAUGGAGAGGAAAUUACAAUGGAAAAGGAAGGGGAUGAAGCACCAGAAACUGUCCCAGGGGAUAUAAUAUUUACAUUAAGGAUGGUGCCCGAUCCUGUAUUCACUCGUAAAGGAGAUGAUCUGUAUACUGAGAAAACGAUCACAUUGUUAGAGUCAUUGGUAGGAUUUGAAUCAUAUAUCACACAUCUAGAUGGAAGGAAAAUACAUGUACGACGGAAUGCAGUCACUCCCUGUGAUUUCGUGGAAAAAUUAAAAGGCGAAGGGAUGCCUAAACGUAAGAGCAAGAAUCAGAAGGGUGAUUUAUAUAUCCAAUUUUCUGUGGAUUUUCCAAAAGCCGUGAAUGCAACUGUCAAAGAAGAAUUAAAAAAAUAUUUUAAACCAAGCGAACAUAUGAAAGAAAAAAAACAUGACGAAUUAUAA